AUGCCAAUUGCAAUGAGUAAAGCUAACAUUGCAAGGUCCAUGAGAUCAGGAAGCCUCCUACUUGGAAGAUCUCUAACUACAGUAAGACAUCUAUCGAACACGAGUAGAUUGCUAAAUGAUGAAACUACGCACUUUGGCUCUAAAACAGUUCCUAAGAACGAAAAGGAAAAGUUGGUUGGCCAUGUUUUUUCAAACGUUGCAUCCAAAUAUGAUAUAAUGAACGACGUAAUGUCUUUGGGUAUUCAUAGGUUGUGGAAAGACCACUUCAUCAACAAGUUGGAUGCUGGUAAAAGACCAAAUUCGAAAGAGCCAUUGCACUUCAUUGAUGUCGCAGGGGGGUCAGGAGACAUUGCAUUUGGGCUGCUGGACCACGCGGAGCAGAAAUUUCAUGAUAAAGAGUCUACCAUGCAUAUCGUGGACAUUAACGCCAAUAUGCUAAAAGAGGGCGAAAAAAGGGCUAUGAAUCAAGGAAAAUAUUACAAUGACCCUAGAGUUACUUUUCUUGUUCAAAAUGGUGAAACCCUCGAUCAGAUUGAAUCCGAUUCCAAGGAUGUGUAUACUAUCUCGUUCGGUAUCAGAAAUUUCACUGAUAUUCAAGCAGGCCUCAACACCGCUUAUCGCGUUCUCAAGCCUGGUGGAAUUUUCUUCUGUUUAGAGUUUUCAAAGGUCAACAAUCCAUUAGUAGACGUCAUUUAUCAACAAUGGUCGAAAGUACUUCCCGUCAUGGGAUCGAUAGUCGCCAACGAUUAUGAUUCUUAUCAAUACUUGGUGGAGUCUAUCCAAAGGUUUCCCGACCAAGAAGAGUUCAAGAGUAUGAUUGAAAAGGCAGGUUUCGAGUCUGCGGGUUACGAAAGUCUAACUUUUGGUGUCUGUUCAAUUCACUGGGGUAUUAAGGUCUAA